AUGGCUCAGGUCAAACCAGACCCGGAUGCCAUGUACAUCAAGCCCGACCCGGAUAGCAAGGAGGCAGUCCUUGCCGACCUAGAAGACGAUGAUAUCUACGAAGAUGCGGGAGAUCUGGACUUUUCAGCAUCAGCACAGAAUGUAUGGCUCUCACGACUGCCGCAGCAGCUCUGGGACCAUUGGGCAACGAUGGAUGAGAAUGCGGAUGAUGACGAGGAGAUUGAGAUCGGAACAAUCAGGAUAGAAGGUGAACCAGGGGAUCUCAAGCGGGUUAGCGUGCGACUCCACAAACGCGAAGGCAACGAGGACAUUCCCAAAGACUACACCCUGCAAAAGCAGGCCAUCUCCACAAAUGCGGCACACAUGACCCAAAAUACCUUUGUUUUCACGGAAAAGGACAUCCCCGGAGUUGAAAACCGCCUAGCGUCAUUUGGAGAGAAGCGCUCAGCCUUGUAUGAAGCUAUGAAGCGUGACGCGCGGAGGAGGCAACAAGGCAAAAAAUGGGAGCCCUACGUGCGGAAAACGGUUCCAAAACAAACGGCCCUGGUCGGACAAGUCAGCGAGGAGUUCAACUUCUUGCCAGUCGAGAACGAAGAACUACGACGAAUCUCUGAAAAAGCAGCCGUCGAAGCUAUGAAACCGAAAGAAAAGGUCCAAUACAUCGACGAUAUUAGUCCCGACAUCACAAAUGCAGCCAUUCUCCUUCCCUCGAACAAGGGCCACUUUGUGCAACAACUCAAGUCGACCAAGGCCAAGGCCCAAGAGAACAAGUCUAUCCGUAUGCCUCAGAACGAGCUGCUGGACAAGAUCUUCGAGUGCUUCCGAGAAUUCCGAUACUGGCCAUUUAAGACCCUCAAGGCCAAGCUGCAACAGCCCGAGUCAUACCUCAAGGAAACCUUGGAGAUGGUUGCUCACCUGGUCAAGUCUGGCGACUUUGCCAUGACCUGGGAGCUAAAGCCUGAAGCUCAGCAUGCCAACUAUGCCUCCAUGUCAUAUGACAACGUUAAGGACGAGAAGCCACCUGACAUGGAUGACUAUGAUGAUGCUUCGGAGGAGGAUCCUACGGGUAUGGUAACGGAUCAUGAUUAA